AUGACGCUUUUUCGCUCAAAGGCACUGACAGUGUUGGUGAUUAUGGUGGUGUUGGAAGGUUUGGUGGAGCAAGGCAAGAGCCAGACUUGUGCUAGCACUUUCUUCUCAUCACUGAUUCAGCUAAUACCCUACAGGGCAGCAGUUGUGCCGUUUAGCCCCAUUCCUCCGAGUCCGGGUUGCUGCAACGCCAUCAAAACUCUAGGCCAGCCUUGCUUGUGUGUCCUUGUCAACGGCCCUCCUGUCACUGGUGUUGAUUGGAAUAUGGCAAUGCUGCUCCGUGACAAGUGCUCUGCUAAGCUUGAAUCAUGUGAUGUUGGGAAGUAA